AUGGCUGAGGUUUCCUGGCAGGCCUGUUCUGACAGCGAUCAGCUACCACCAGAUGCCGUCCUGGCUGGUUACGAUACCGACGAUGAUCUGAUAUUUGUCGGACGGGCGUGCCAUAAUGGUCUCAUGCUACCGGCGAAGGUUAUCCCGAGUAAACAGUGUGCUUACAUCGCAUAUGAUGGAGAGGAGUUUCAGAAAACAUCCUAUCAGAUUUUAACUGGUGCAAUUUCCAGUGACAAACUCAACAACAAUGGUGGAACAAAUAACUUUAACGAGACUGCAAUCCAAACACCACUUCGUUGGCAGCACUGUACCGGCAAGGAUCCGCUUCCGGCCGGAGCCAUUUUGGCUGGAGAAGAUCCGGAUGGCCAUUUGCUCUACAUUGGUCGAGCGUACCACGAAGAUAAUCAGCUACCGGCGAAGGUCGUUCCGAAAAAGGAGUACGCCUUUGUUUCCUGCGCGGGACAGGUUGUUCGCAAGGAAGCGUUUGAGGUUUUGUGCGGUGGAAGUCUAUCCUGGGUGCUUCCGGAAAAUCCUACCGGCAUUCCUACGAAAGCCAUUGUCGGGGGUCGCACGUCGUCGGGCGAAGUGUUGUACAUUGGUCGGGGAUACUCGCCAACCAAACAAAUGAUGGGGAAGAUUGUUCCAAGUGAACAGACACUGUAUAUAGCUUACGGAGGCUGGGAGUUUCCGACCAAGCACUACGAAUACUUAGUUGAAAACUAA